GGUAAACUUGGGUACUAUACCAAAGUUGCUAGAGAAAUCAUCUUGUAGACGAGAGUGGGAUCGAUUUCGUUCCCCUCGGUUACGCUUGGCGACGUCACAAUGUCAACGGUGUACGUACUGGAGCCACCGACGAAGGGCAAGGUUGUCAUCAAGACGACCUACGGCCCGUUGGAUAUCGAACUCUGGCCGAAAGAGGCUCCCAAAGCUGCCCGGAACUUCACGCAGCUCUGCUUAGAAGGUUACUACGACAACACCAUCUUCCACCGCAUCAUCAAGUCAUUCCUCAUUCAAGGGGGUGACCCAACGGGCAGUGGCACUGGAGGUGAGAGUAUCUACGAUGGUGUGUUCCCUGAUGAGUUUCAUUCUCGUCUUAGAUUCAAACACAGGGGUUUAGUUGCAUGUGCUGGUUCUGGCUCUCCCAAUACAAAUGGAAGUCAAUUCUUUAUAACAUUAGACAAGUGCGAUUUUCUUGACAAGAAGCACACAAUUUUUGGAAAGGUAACUGGUGACUCGAUCUACAAUCUUUUGAGCCUAGGUGAAAUUGAAACGGACAAGGAGGAUAGGCCCCUGGAUCCUCCUCCUAAAAUACUUUCUGUUGAGGUAUUGUGGAACCCAUUUGAUGAUAUUAUUCCAAGGGUAAAACCAAAGGAUGCUUCAGUACCUUCAGCUGAGCCUGACAAAAAGGAUAAAAAGCAGAAACCUAAAAAAAACUUGAACCUGCUUUCAUUUGGUGAAGAAGCAGAGGAGGAAGAAAAAGAAUCAUCUGCCAUCAAUGUGAGGAUAAAAAGCAGUCACGAUAUACUGGAUGAUCCCCGCCUGCUGAAGGAAGAAAACCAUGAUAAUAAUUUGACAUUAUCUCAUAAAAAAGCAAUAAGGGAUGUGCAAUUGAGUGUCAAGGAAGCAUUACGCUCAAAGGGGAGUGAAGUAGCGAGAGAAUCAGAAGCAAAAUCUCAUCAAUCCCAUAGUGAAAGUGAUGCUGAUGAUGAUGCUGGUUUUGAUGCACGAAUGCGUAGGCAGAUUCUGGAAAAACGGAAGGAACUUGGAAACGUACCAAGCAAGCAAAAGUUGCAAAGUGAGAAUUCCAAGGCAAAGGCUCAUUCCUCAUCUCCAUCAAGGUCUGCUGAAGAAUAUGAUCACCAACCAAAAGUUGAAAGGUUGUCUAUAAAGAAAAAGGGAAUAGGGUCUGAUGCAAGGGCUCAAUGCUUGGCUACAGCAGAUACAGACUUGCAAUUACUGAGUGGGGCCGAACGUGAAAGACAAUUGUUUAAACUAAAAAAGCGUAGGCGUCAUGGACAGGAAGAUGAGGUGUUGGCAAGGUUGGAAAAAUUUAAGGGUUUGAUUUCUUCAAAGUCACAAAUGUCUACUGGUGAAAAUAGAGGAGAAAAGGGCGAAGAUCUAUCUGACUGGGCAUCUGUCAGGCUAAAAUUUGAUUCAGAGCCUUCAAAGAACAAGAUGUCGCGUAGCAAUGACCCGAAUGACUAUGUGGUGCAUGACCCGCUGUGGGAGAAAGGCAAAGAGAAGUUCAAUAAAUUGCAAGCCAAGCAGAAGCGACGAGAACGGGAAUGGGCGGGCAAGUCUAUUACUUGAUGAACCAACCCCAGCCCCCCCCCCCCUCAUCUGCCUAACGUAUAUGCAUGCAUGCGUCAAAGCAUGAAAUGUGAUUUUACAAUAUGUUCCCUUGUACUGUACAUGGUGGUGGGUUGAUUAACAUUUGGCCUCUUCUUUUCCUUUUCACUCCAAAUGAAAUGAAAUGAUGAAUAUAUUCAUAUUUA